GGCCGGGCGAGGGGAAGUGGCAAGAUGGCGGCUCCCAGGGCGGAGGCGUGGAGGAUAGCCCUGGGUGGGCCUUGGGGCGAGGCGUGCCUGCACCUGACCCGAGCCCGGUUCGAGCCUUAGGCGAAUGCGCAGCACUACCCACUUCCCUCGUCGCGAGGCAGGGCAGAGAUUUUUGUAAGAGGCUUGGGCCCAGAGACGAAGCGGUGCGAGGGCGGGGAGCGCUGACGUUGUCUGGCUCCGCCCCCUCGCCCGACCGCCGCCAUGUUUAGUUGUUACUUCUUCACACAAGAUGGCGGCUCCCAGGGAGGAGGCAUGAGCGCCCUGCCGUUACUGCUCCUCCUGCCGUACAGUAGCCACUUCUGGGCCUAGCUCGGGCUUUUUGAAGCGGCUCCUGUGGGACGGAGUCAUAAAAAGGGAGGCGAGGAUUGGACGCUGCCUUGCGUUUGGUUUGCAGUGGAAGAACUGACCCAAGAGGAAGAGAAUAGGGGGGGAAGGGGGAAGCUAGUCUCAAGAUGGCGGCUCCCAGGGCGGCAGGCGCUGCCUGAGCAGCAGAGGCGGACUCAAGGGAGCGGCGCGAGAUCUCACGAGCCGUACGGCGCGGACCCCAAGUGGCGCCGGAGAGUUAGAGCUGCUUGCACAAGCCUCCGGCGCGCCUCCGUUUCUUGGAGUGUCGCGGCCGUUUUCGGGAGCGGCAGCCGUGCUGAGUGCUGGGCGGGGAAGCGGGACGGUCUCAAGAUGGCGGCUCCCACAAUUGUGGUGUGAGCGCCCCCGGGGCUACGACGACCGCGGCGCCUGUGGCUCCUUUCCACCCGCCCCGGAAGCCGGCCAGUGCUGGGGACUUGGGGGUGUGGGAACCGGGCCGGGGCUCCGCCAUUUCCGGCGGGGGAGGGCUACGACUGAGGAAGGGAGGAGAGAGAGGCGGCUCAAGAUGGCGGCUCCCAGGUCCUCCCGCCCGAGCUCGUGAGCCGGGACACCUGGGCGAAGACUCAGAGAGACGGCACUCGGCGGCCCGCACCUCCUCGGGCCUGGGCGCCCGCCGGCGUCGGCAAGCUCUCGAGGGGACUGGGCGCGCGAGCAGGCAGGGAAGAGCGUCGGGGACGGACGGUAGUUAAGAUGGCGGCCUCCAUGGAGCCGUCCAGCGCCGUGUGAGGACCCGCUGCUCCGCGAGCGCUGCCCGAUAGCGAGGGGGUGUGUGCGCGGACCCCGGGCGCCCUUCCCGCCACCGACUCUCCCGCCGCGUCCUCCCUGAGCCAUGGCUUCGGCCGUGCCGCCCACCAGCUCCCCGGCCGUGCUCCUGCAGCCCCGCUGGAAGCGGGUGGUGGGCUGGUCGGGCCCCGUGCCCCGGCCCCGCCACGGCCACCGCGCCGUGGCCAUCAAGGAGCUCAUCGUGGUGUUCGGCGGCGGUAACGAGGGGAUCGUGGACGAGCUGCACGUGUACAACACGGCGACCAACCAGUGGUUCAUCCCAGCUGUGAGAGGGGAUAUCCCUCCGGGCUGUGCGGCCUAUGGCUUCGUCUGCGACGGCACCCGCCUGCUGGUGUUCGGCGGGAUGGUGGAGUAUGGGAAGUACAGCAACGACCUCUACGAGCUCCAGGCGAGUCGCUGGGAGUGGAAGAGACUCAAAGCAAAGACACCCAAAAACGGGCCCCCUCCAUGUCCUCGGCUCGGGCACAGCUUCUCCCUCGUGGGCAACAAAUGCUACCUGUUUGGGGGUCUGGCCAACGAUAGUGAGGACCCCAAGAACAACAUUCCGAGGUACCUGAACGACUUAUACAUCCUGGAGCUACGGCCCGGCUCCGGAGUGGUAGCCUGGGACAUCCCCAUCACUUAUGGGGUCCUGCCCCCACCCCGGGAGUCCCAUACUGCUGUGGUCUACACUGAGAGGGACAACAAGAAGUCCAAGCUGGUGAUUUAUGGAGGGAUGAGCGGCUGCAGGCUGGGGGACCUCUGGACCCUUGACAUUGAGACGCUGACGUGGAACAAACCCAGUCUCAGUGGCGUGGCCCCGCUCCCUCGUAGUCUCCACUCCGCGACCACCAUAGGAAACAAAAUGUACGUGUUUGGUGGCUGGGUGCCCCUGGUCAUGGAUGACGUCAAGGUGGCCACGCACGAGAAGGAGUGGAAGUGUACCAACACCCUGGCUUGUCUCAACCUGGACACCAUGGCCUGGGAGACCAUUCUGAUGGACACGCUGGAGGACAACAUUCCACGCGCUCGAGCUGGCCACUGUGCCGUCGCCAUCAACACCCGCCUGUACAUUUGGAGUGGGCGUGAUGGCUACCGCAAGGCCUGGAACAACCAGGUUUGCUGCAAGGACCUCUGGUACCUGGAGACAGAAAAGCCACCUUCACCGGCCCGGGUCCAGCUGGUGCGCGCCAAUACCAACUCCCUAGAGGUGAGCUGGGGGGCGGUGGCAACAGCCGACAGUUACCUUCUACAGCUCCAGAAAUACGACAUUCCUGCCACGGCUGCUACUGCCACCUCCCCCACACCCAACCCGGUCCCGUCUGUGCCUGCCAAUCCUCCCAAGAGCCCUGCCCCGGCAGCGGCUGCACCUGCUAUGCAGCCACUGACCCAAGUAGGCAUCACGCUCCUGCCCCAGGCUGCCGCAGCGCCGCCAACCACCACAACCAUCCAGGUCUUGCCGACGGUGCCAGGCAGCUCUAUUUCCGUGCCCACUGCAGCCAGGACUCAGGGUGUCCCUGCUGUUCUCAAAGUGACUGGUCCGCAGGCUACUGCAGGAACCCCACUGGUCACCAUGCGACCUGCCAGCCAGGCUGGGAAAGCCCCUGUCACUGUGACCUCUCUGCCUGCCGGCGUCCGGAUGGUUGUGCCCACACAGAGCGCUCAGGGGACGGUGAUUGGCAGUAACCCGCAGAUGAGCGGGAUGGCCGCGCUGGCAGCUGCCGCCGCCGCCACCCAGAAGAUCCCUCCUUCCUCGGCACCCACUGUUCUGAGUGUCCCGGCGGGCACCACCAUCGUGAAGACUGUGGCUGUGACACCAGGCACCACCACCCUCCCGGCCACCGUGAAGGUGGCCUCCUCUCCCGUCAUGGUGAGCAACCCCGCUACUCGCAUGCUGAAGACUGCAGCUGCCCAAGUGGGGACAUCUGUCUCCUCUGCCGCCAACACAUCUACCCGCCCUAUCAUCACGGUGCACAAGUCGGGGACUGUGACAGUGGCCCAGCAAGCUCAGGUGGUGACCACAGUGGUGGGUGGUGUCACUAAGACCAUCACCCUGGUGAAGAGUCCCAUCUCUGUCCCUGGAGGCAGUGCUCUGAUUUCCAACUUGGGCAAAGUGAUGUCUGUGGUCCAGACCAAGCCAGUUCAGACUUCAGCAGUCACAGGCCAGGCCUCUACCGGCCCCGUGACGCAGAUCAUCCAGACCAAAGGGCCCCUGCCAGCGGGGACAAUCCUGAAGCUGGUCACCUCAGCAGAUGGCAAGCCCACCACCAUCAUCACCACCACGCAGGCCAGUGGGGCGGGGACCAAGCCUACCAUCCUGGGCAUCAGCAGCGUCUCCCCCAGCACCACCAAGCCAGGCACCACCACCAUCAUCAAGACCAUCCCCAUGUCGGCUAUUAUCACCCAGGCGGGGGCCACAGGCGUGACCAGCAGUCCUGGCAUCAAGUCCCCCAUCACCAUUAUAACCACCAAGGUCAUGACCUCAGGAACUGGAGCACCUGCCAAAAUCAUCACUGCUGUCCCCAAGAUCGCCACUGGCCAUGGGCAGCAAGGAGUUACUCAGGUGGUGCUAAAGGGGGCCCCUGGACAGCCAGGCACCAUCCUCCGCACGGUGCCCAUGGGAGGCGUUCGCCUGGUCACCCCUGUCACCGUCUCCGCCGUCAAGCCAGCCGUCACCACAUUGGUUGUGAAGGGCACCACAGGGGUUACCACGCUGGGCACCGUGACAGGCACCGUGUCCACCAGCCUCGCUGGAGCCGGGGGCCACAGCACCAGCGCCUCCCUGGCUACACCCAUCACCACCUUGGGCACCAUUGCCACCCUCUCAAGCCAGGUGAUCAAUCCUACUGCCAUCACUGUGUCAGCUGCGCAGACCACUCUGACAGCCGCUGGCGGGCUCACCACCCCCACCAUCACCAUGCAGCCCGUCUCCCAGCCUACCCAGGUGACGCUGAUCACAGCACCCAGUGGGGUCGAGGCCCAGCCUGUGCAUGACCUCCCCGUGUCCAUCCUGGCCUCGCCGACCACGGAACAGCCCACGGCCACGGUCACCAUCGCCGACUCCGGCCAGGGCGAUGUGCAGCCUGGCACCGUGACGCUGGUGUGCUCCAACCCGCCCUGCGAGACCCACGAGACUGGCACCACCAACACCGCCACCACCACUGUUGUGGCUAACCUUGGGGGCCACCCUCAGCCCACCCAAGUGCAGUUCGUCUGUGACAGGCAGGAGGCCACUGCUUCUCUCGUGACCUCAACUGUGGGGCAGCAGAAUGGCAGCGUGGUCCGUGUUUGCUCCAACCCGCCCUGUGAGACCCACGAGACGGGCACCACCAACACCGCCACCACGGCCACGUCCAACAUGGCCGGGCAGCACGGCUGCUCCAACCCGCCCUGUGAGACCCACGAGACGGGCACCACCAGCACCGCCACCACGGCCACGUCCGGCAUCGGCACCGGCCAGCAGCGUGAUGCCCACCGUGCCUCGGGCGUCCCCACGGUGGUCCGCAUCACUGUGGCUCCUGGGGUGCUGGAGGGGGCCCAGGGCUCCGCCAAGCCCCAGUGCCAAACCCGCCAGACCAGCGCCACCAGCACCACCAUGACUGUGAUGGCCACUGGCACCCCGUGCGUGGGGGGGCACGGCCCUGCCUUAGUGCAGGUGGCCCCACUGAGUGGCAAGGACGUGCUCUUGGGGCACCAGAUAGAGAUGCACCAUGUCCACACAGCCAGUGCCCCAAGCGGGGAGCCUGGCGCGCCUGGGGGGCUGCCUGCACCUACAUACGAGGGCCUACGGGCCGGCUUGCCCAGCACCUCUGUGACUGUGACCGCCCUGGAGGCGUCGCUGUGCCCCUCCGCUACCGUGACCCAGGUCUGCUCCAACCCGCCGUGCGAGACCCACGAGACGGGCACCACCAACACCGCUACUACCUCCAACGCGGGCAGCGCCCAGCGGGUGUGCGCCAACCCGCCCUGCGAGACCCAUGAGACGGGCACCACACACACGGCCACCACCGCCACCUCCAACAGUGCUGUGGGCCAGCCCGAAGGCGGGCAGCAGCCCCCUGCCGGCCGCCCCUGCGAGACACACCAGACCACUUCCACGGGCACCACCAUGUCCGUGGGCCUGGGUACCCCGCUCCCUGACGCUGGCCCCUCGUGCAGGACCCUAGAGUCCGGCCUGGAGGCCGCUGCGGUGCCCGCCACCCCCAGCCAGGCUGGGGCUGUGCUGCUGGCCCCCUUCCCGACGCACAGGGUGUGCUCCAACCCGCCUUGUGAGACUCACGAGACGGGCACCACGCACACAGCCACCACCGUCACCUCGAACAUGAGCUCAAACCAAGACCCCCCACCAGCCGCCGGUGAUCAGGGAGAGGUGGAGAGCACCCAAGGCGACAGCGUGAACAUGACCAGCUCCAGCGCCGUCACCACGACUGUGUCCUCCACACUGCCACGGGCGGUCACCACUGUGACACAGUCCACACCAGUCCCAGGCCCCUCAGUGCCGCCCCCCGAGGAGCUCCAGGUCUCCCCUGGGCCCCGCCAGCAGCUGCCACCAAGGCAGCUCCUGCAGUCCACAUCUGCACCUCUCAUGGGGGAGUCAGCCGAGGUCCUGGCCGCCGCCCAACCUGCAGAGCUGCAGGCCGCCGUGGACCUGAGCAGCACAGGGGACCCGUCUUCAGGGCAGGAGCCCACCAGCUCUGCCGUGGUGGCCACUGUGGUGGUCCAGCCCCCCCAGCCCACGCAGUCUGAAGUAGACCAGUUGUCACUUCCCCAGGAGCUCAUGGCCGAGGCCCAGGCAGGCACCACCACCCUGAUGGUCACAGGCCUCACGCCUGAGGAAUUGGCUGUGACUGCUGCCGCCGAGGCAGCUGCCCAGGCUGCGGCCACUGAGGAAGCCCAGGCCCUGGCCAUCCAGGCUGUGCUGCAGGCCGCACAGCAGGCUGUCAUGGGCACUGGGGAGCCCAUGGACACAUCCGAGGCGGCAGCGGCCGUGACACAGGCAGAGCUGGGCCACCUUUCUGCUGAGGGCCAGGAAGGCCAGGCUACCACCAUCCCCAUCGUGCUGACACAGCAGGAGCUGGCGGCCCUGGUGCAGCAGCAGCAGCUGCAGGAGGCGCAGGCCCAGGCCCAGCAGCAGCACCAUCUCCCCACCGAGGCACUGGCCCCGGCCGACAGCCUCAACGACCCAGCCAUCGAGGGCAACUGCCUCAACGAGCUGGCUGGCGCCGUCCCCAGCACUGUGGGCCUGUUGCCCCCCACAGCCACUGAGAGCCUGGCCCCGUCCAACACGUUCGUGGCUCCCCAGCCGGUUGUGGUCGCCAGCCCGGCCAAGCUGCAAGCUGCAGCUACCCUGACCGAAGUGGCCAAUGGCAUCGAGUCGCUGGGUGUGAAGUCAGACUUGCCACCGCCACCCAGCAAAGCCCCUGUGAAGAAGGAGAACCAGUGGUUUGAUGUGGGGGUCAUUAAGGGCACUAAUGUAAUGGUGACACACUAUUUCCUGCCGCCAGAUGAUGCUGUCCCAUCGGAUGAUGACUCGGGCACCAUCCCUGACUAUAACCAGCUGAAGAAACAGGAGCUACAACCAGGCACAGCCUAUAAGUUCCGUGUCGCCGGUAUCAACGCCUGUGGCCGAGGGCCCUUUAGUGAGAUCUCCGCAUUUAAGACGUGCCUGCCGGGUUUCCCGGGGGCCCCUUGUGCCAUUAAAAUCAGCAAAAGUCCCGACGGUGCUCACCUCACGUGGGAGCCACCCUCUGUGACCUCGGGCAAGAUCAUCGAGUACUCCGUGUACCUGGCCAUCCAGAGCUCGCAGGCGGGCGGUGAGCCCAAGAGCUCGGCACCGGCGCAGCUGGCCUUCAUGCGUGUUUACUGCGGGCCCAGCCCCUCGUGCCUGGUGCAGUCCUCCAGCCUGUCCAAUGCGCACAUCGACUACACCACCAAGCCUGCCAUCAUCUUCCGCAUUGCUGCGCGCAACGAGAAGGGCUACGGCCCCGCCACGCAAGUCAGGUGGCUGCAAGAGACCAGUAAGGACAGCUCGGGCAGCAAGCCGGCCAGCAAGCGGCCCAUGUCCUCUCCGGAAAUGAAAUCUGCUCCAAAGAAGUCAAAGGCGGACGGUCAGUGAGAGGAAGCUGGCCGUACUGAGACCCUCCCAGACCCCUCGCUUCAGGAACUGUCGCCGCCCGCCUGCCCGCCCGGCUCCUGCACUCCCCCACCACCGCCUCCACCCUUCCUCGCUGGCUCUGCUCUGGCCUGAAGAAAGCACACGGCCGCCGCCGGGAAGCAGCUUGCCUGUGAAAGUGCGCCCCUUCCUCUACCUGCCUCUGCCUCUGCACCUGCCCACGGGCACAGCAAGCUGGGGUUCAGAGGCCUGCAGAGGAGCAGGGCCCACCGAACCCACCUCAGAGGCUGCGCACAUUCUGUGGCUCCUCGCUUUCAGUGUGGGGGCUUCGGGUCUGCCUGCUUCUCUCUCAUUUGUCACCUGGUGUUUGCAGCCACCUCCUGCCCCUCCCUCAGGCUUAGCACCACCCCCCACCCCACCCCACCCCCGUGCCCCCUCUUCUCCAAGGCCCUCUCCCGUUCCUCCUCGCUUGCCUCCCUCCCGCUUUAUUGAAAAAGGAAGGCAAAAGAGGGGCCAUGGGGCGCCAGGGCCUGAGCAGUGGGUGUCACCCUCCUCCGACCCACGGGCGCAGUGUGGCCCCCGCAAGCCCGGCUCCACCCUGCCUGGCCUGACGCUGGGGGCCACAUCACCAACUGCUGCAUUUGUUGUAUUUUUUUAAGUUGAAAUUGAUGAAGUUAACAUUUUUAUUGUAAUUUUAGCCUUAGCGUGUGGGGCUUUGUCCCUUUUUUGUUGUUGUUAGCUGUGUACAGAAUGUUUCUUUCUCCCCAGUUUUUAACUUUUUUCUCCUUGGCUAACCCUUGGCAGGGAUCUUGUAGAGGAAAAGUGGGGGCAGCUUAGGGCUGGAGGGGUGCAGAAGGGGCCUCCUUCCUCCUGCUGACUGGCUCACUCCCCUCCCUCCCUCUCGGAGUCUGGAGUCUGGAGCCUGGAGUAGGCCACUGCCCUGGGCUGUGCCUGUCCCCAGCCUCUUGGGACUUAGGAGUGGAACUGUGGGACCGCCCUUGGGGCAAGCACUUCCUACCAAGAGGGACCGCAGGGCAGACUGGGCUCACAGCACUGCCCCGUCCCGUCCAGGUGGGCCUUGUCCCCACUUCCUGGAGGCCCAGCCUUCCGCCUCCACUGAGCCUGUCGGGCUGCUCUGCCCCACUGCAGCUGGGGGCAGCAAGCAAAGUUUGCUAGUGGUCCUCCUGGCUGGGUUUAGGUGACAGCUGGUCCGGCCCCUCCAUCUCUGCCAGAGGCGCGUGGAGGUGGUGCCGCCGGCCAAACCCCCAGGGCCUCUGGUUUGUUGUAUUAUAGUAUAUUUCGCUGUGGAAACUGUCACGUUUAGUCGCCUUGGAGCCCGCCUGUCCCAUUGUUUUGCCCGUCCCCUCUCCUGAGCGCCCUAUGAUUUCUCUUGUUUCUGAGAACAGUACCACCCGUUCAUCUAUUGUAGAGUAACCCGUGACUCAAUAUUACCAUAGUGCGAUGUCGUUUUGUGCUAUUUUGAACAAUUAAAGACUUUUUUUGAAAAAAACAA